AUGUGUUUGAAUAUAGUAGAAAAUAAUAAAGAUAUGUCCCAAUUAAUUGUGAAAGGCAAGAAAAAACAUGUGUAUAUAUGUGAAAAUUGUAAAAAAGAUGAUCAUUAUAGAUCAAAGUGCCCUAACAACUAA